UUCCCCUUCUUCCUGCGGUUGAUCAGACCUUUUAUUCGCCGAAGAAAGGCCGCUGUACCGCCGUGGAUCGCCGCGGCAGUCGACAGCAGCUCCCCCCCGCCUCCUCUCCGGCUUCCGUAACCUGUUUACAGCUCCGGUGUCAAAUUCAGUGGCAAGACGAUGAAGAAGUACGGACUGGAGCUUAGGGUUCCGCCUUCGCAGCAGAAGAAGCAGCCGACGAGGCCUCGCCCUCCUCUGGCUGGGUUCCGCGAUGAUGACGACGAGGAUGACGCUGCCGAGAGAGCUGUAUCUCAGCAGACCAUCAGGAGCAGGGCUCUCAAGGAGAUAGAGGAGCAACAGCAGAAGGCUCUGGAAGAAGAUCCGACGAUUUUCGAUUACGAUGGAGUUUAUGAUAAGCUGAAGCAGGAAGUUGCUCGUCCUCGAGCCUUAGAUCGCGAAGAGAGGAAGCCUAAAUAUAUCAUGAGCUUGAAGAAGAGUGUAGAACGACGACAAAGGGAGCAUGAGAUAAUCUACGAGAGACAGAUUGCUAAAGAGAGGAGCAAGGACGACCACUUGUACGCCGACAAGGACAAGUUUGUUACGAGUGCAUACAAGAGGAAACUCGCGGAGCAAGAUAAGUGGAAGGAGGAAGAACGUCUACGUGAACUUCGCGAGGAGAAAGAGGAUGUUACAAAGAAGAGUGACUUGAGUGACUUCUACUUCAACCUCUCGAAAAAUGUAGCUUUUGGUUCAAGAGGAUUUGAGUCAAAGAAGCCCGAGAAGCAUCCUGAAUCGAGUAAGCCUGCCGAGAAGAAAGAAGAGGUUGCCCCCGAUGCACCAGAAGGCAGUGGUCACAUAUCACCUGGCCCAAGCUCGAGAGUGAAGCCUUCAAGGGCACGAGAAGCGAACAAACCCGAUGUCCCGGCCGCUCCUAAGAUUGAACCAGAGAAUAAACCUCAGGUCUAUCCCGCUCCUAGGAUCGAACCAGCUGAUGCUAAACAUGUACCCGAUGUCCCUUCAUCGCAACAAAAGGAUUCCACAGAGCCGCCGCCAUCAGAUCAGCCCAAGGGCAAUCAUCAUAAGAGAAGUGAAGAUGCUGUUGCCGCUGCUAAGGAGCGCUUUUUGGCUCGGAAGAGAGCAAAAGAAAGUCUGUAGUUUGUAGUUCAUCCCCUCCUCUCUCCCGUGGCAGCAUAAUUACAAUAGGUGACAAGAUCUUGUGUAACUCCAUCAGCGCAAUCGUUUUUUUAUAGUAUGGUGAGAAGAAAAAUACAUUGGGAUAAUGAUGUUAUGCUCAGGUAAUAGUUGAAUCUUUGAAGAUAUGAGUUUGUUUUCAGUAGCAGUCAGCUUGUACAGUGGUUAUGGGCCUUAAUUAAAAAUCUUGUCGGUUCCAAUAGAGACCAAA